UGAUCGUUAUAAAGAUCGGUAGUAAUAUGGGGAUGCAUUUUUACUUCAAGGCCAAGGCAUAGUAAACCGUUGUCUCUAAAUGAAAUCAUUGACGAAUUGGAGAAAUUAGAUGAUGAUACCCCAUUUCCAAGAAAUAUAACAAUUUUUCCACCGGACAACGCCAAUGCAGAAAUUACCGAUGAAGACUCUGGUGAUGAGGAGAUAGUAACAUUGAACAAUCUUCCAGGUUCUCAGCUAAGAGCUUCGGCAGAGAUUGAAUACAUGUCCUCUGACAGUGACGACGACGACGUACCUUUGUGUUCAUUGGCUAAAAGGAGUCGAACAACCGAGGAACCCAUCACUGAAGAACGUCAAACUGAGCCUUCUACAUCUAGUUCAGCUCCAAUUAUUAGCAGACCAUCAGCCGUUCCUUUCGUUGAUCCAACCGUACCGAACAAUGAAAAAUAUAUUUGGAGAAAUCGCCACAAUCCACGCGACCAAUUAGAAUGGCAAGAAAACCAGGGGCCAAGAUACCCUCAAACACCUGUGUAUUAUUUUGAUUGUAUGUUUGGUGAUGGCGUAAUAGACUUAUUGGUUACAUAUACAAAUAUUUACGCCACUCAAAAAAACAAAGUGGGUAAUGUAACAAGCAGCGAGAUGAAGUGCUUUCUGGGUAUUCUCCUUUACAGUGGAUACAUUGUAGUUCCCAGAAGAUACAUGUAUUGGGAUAAAUCAUCAGACACUGAUUUCAGUAUUGUGUAUAACGCUAUGUCAAGGGAUAGAUUCACAUUUAUCAUGACUCACCUCCACUGUUGUGACAACACUCAAAUAGCUACCGAAAGCGACAAAUUUGCAAAGAUGAGACCUCUUUUCAAUAUGCUGAACGAAAUAUUUCUCAAUAUGGCUCCUUUAGAAGAAGUUUACAGUAUUGACGAGGCUAUGGUGCCUUACUACGGAGGACACAGCUGUAAACAAUUUAUACGGGGAAAGCCAAUUAGAUGGGGUUAUAAGUUCUGGGUUGGCGCGACGAGAUUGGGGUAUGUACUAUGGUUUGAUCCGUACCAAGGCCAUGCAGCAAUUAUUCCAUCGGUUUAUAGGCAGUUAGGUCUAGGAGCUGGUGUCGUUUUGCGUUUUGCUGAUUAUUUGCAAUUUCGUCACCCAGAUGCGCCUUUUCACCUGUUCUUUGACAACUUCUUUUCUUCUGUUCCUCUCUUUCACGAAUUAACUAAAAGAGGACUCAAAGCAACUGGAACAAUUCGCGAGGACCGUACAAAAAAGUGUCCUUUGCCUUCCAAUAAAGAAUUCAAAAAAACAGAAAGAGGCACAUUCAAGUACAAGUCUAGCCAACCAGGGCAUAUUUUGGUUUGUAAGUGGAAUGACAAUAGCGUGGUGACAGUGGCAUCAAAUUCUGAAACCAUAGAACCUUUACAUAAAGCGAAACGAUUUUCACAGCAGCAGAAGAAAUAUAUACUGAUUGAUCAGCCAGCGAUUAUAAAAAGUUACAACCAAAAUAUGGGUGGGGUCGAUAGGUCCGAUCAAAACAUCGGUCUUUAUCGUACAUCUGUUCGUGGUAAGAAAUGGUAUUUUUCAUUAUUUUCUCACUGCCUGGACAUGGCCAUUCACAAUGCAUGGCAACUUUACAAAAGUAAUGGAGGAGAGUACGAUCAUCUCUUAUUCCGGAGAACUGUCGCCAGGGGUAUCUUGGAAACACAUAAGAAAAGUGAGAAGCGCGGUCCCUGCCCUACUCCUAGAACUUAUAGGGAAACUUCACGUUACGACAAGAUUGAUCAUCUGAUAGAGUACAAUGACUCUCAGCUUCGAUGUUGGCUUUGCAAAAAAAAUACAAACUUUACUUGCCAAAAGUGCAAAAUUUAUUUGCACCCUAAAUCAUGUUUUGUAACAUACCAUACUCCUACAUAGAUAC